GCUCACGAUCACACACGGGUUGCCGUAGCUCCGUCCGUCCGUCCGACACAACUCCUCAAGCGGUGCCUUAUGCGCCGUGGUUUCUCCAGUGCGCGGAAGGGUUUAUGCUGCAGUUCUUCGUGGUCGUCGCGAUAACGAGGCACGCGCGUUUGCAUACACAAGUUUGGUCGCGCGCGAGCUAGUGGUGGUGUCAAGUGCACUCGCGGUGUCAACCCUGUGGCGAACUUCUUCCCCGGUGGGGUCCAAGUUUCCGGCCCUCAGUCUGUGCCGUGUGCGAGUGGUGAUAAGAGUUGGGUGCCCGCGCGGGACUUGGUCAUCAACGGCGCUCGCCACGCUUUUUUGGCGACUCAGUGAUCAACGACUCCUCAACUAAUUGGAUAAUCGAAUGUGAUCAACGAAAACGUGUGAUUAGAGUGUGAAGCGAUCCGUUACCGAUAAUCGGCGACGCAAACAGCUUAAAUCGGAAAGUGUUGAUUGGAGAAGAAUCGCGCGCAGUUUGAAAAGCAGAACAACCAGAACACAUCCUCUUAUCAGGUCGGUGCUAAUUGGUUCGAAUUAUUGAUCGGAUUGUGUGAUAACUGGAACGAAAAUUGAUAGUGACAACAGCGCAGCGCUGUGAACUAGUUGAUCGAUAACGAAAAGAACAAACAGUUUUGACUCAGUGAUUGACAGUUUGCGGGAGAUUGCUGGAGAUCGUGAAGCCAGGUGGCGCGGAAGAAACGUCCAGUGUGUGAAGUGGUUGAGCCGAUUUGAACGAGUAGAUCAGAGCAUGGAUAACUUGGGCAGUGAGUUGUGAGCAGUUUGGAGAUAUUGUUAGCUUGGAGUGUCGAGCAGUGGUUACGGAAGUUCUGUGCGGAACUAGCUGAUUCGAGCAGUUUGAAUAGCAGAAGGUGGCAGAUCAUAGAAGUCUACAAGAUGAAUCAACAGUGCAAAGUUUGCGGCGAGCCAGCGGCCGGCUUCCACUUUGGAGCGUUCACCUGCGAGGGGUGCAAGUCCUUCUUCGGGCGGUCUUACAACAACCUGUCGUCGAUUUCGGAGUGCAAAAACAACGGCGAGUGCGUCAUCAACAAGAAGAACCGAACGGCGUGCAAGGCGUGCCGGUUGCGCAAGUGCCUGUACGUGGGAAUGUCCAAGAGCGGCUCGCGGUACGGUCGGAGGUCGAACUGGUUCAAGAUUCACUGUCUGCUGCAGGAGCAGCAGCAGGCGGCCCAGCAGCACGCAGCGAACCAUAAGGCGGGCGGAGGGGCACCUCCGGUUCACGGGAUGUUUGGUCCUCCGGGAGCGUACCCGCACAGUAUGUACGCCCGGCCACCGUGCACCAAAGAAGAGCUUAUGCUGCUUGGGUUGGAGGAGUACAGCAAGCACCCAUCGGCGUCACCUUCGGUCAGCUCGCCUGAUAGCCACAACUCGGACAGUUCAAAUGAGAUCAACGACCGGCGGAACGCCCUGCUCCGACAAGGCAAGCUGCACGAUUCGCCCUCGAUCAACAAGGAGCUGUUCCUGCCGAUGCCCUUCGGCGGACUCCCACUGAUGCCACCUCCGGGCUUCCUCCCGCCGUCCCACCUGAUGUUCCCGGGCUUCCAUCCGGCCCUGUACCCGCACCACCAGGGUCUGCUCAAGCCGGCCGAAGCGCCCAUCCUCAGCAGUUCACCGCUUGCCAACAACAACAGCCGCUUUACACCAAAUCACAACAACACCAGCAGUAACAACAGCAACAGCAACGCCACCACUCCGACGGAAACCCACAAGUCCCCCGACCCCUUCACCAAGCGCUUCUACCUGGACGCCGUGCUCGAGUCGCAGCGAUGCCCGAGCAACGAAACCGCCGGCAGCGCCAAGGAGGAGCAGGAACCGGAAGAGGUCGUCCCGGCCACCAUGACGCCACCCCGAUCUCCAGCGGCCGCCGCAGCCGCCCCCCAACAGGACAACCCCAUCGAUCUUAGCAUGAAGACCGGAAGCAGCAGCUGCUCCGAGGACCACCGAACGUCCGUGUCCGGCGCCGACUCGGACGACGAGCAGCUGAUCGUCGUGUCGAACGAUCGCGCCUCGCCCGCUUCGGUCCACUCGGGAAAGUACACCAACAACAACUCCAUUCCCAACAACCACCACCACCAUUACCAGCGGCACCACCACCACGCGAGUCCAUCGCACGGGAGCGCCAGCUCGGACUCGGAGAUGGAGGACGUGUCGGAUGUGCCGCGGACGACCGAGUACGACCGCGAGAUCGUCCGGAUGAAGCUGCAGGGCACGACCCCACUGGAUCUGACGACCAAGGUCUGAUUUGUUUUGUUGGAGAGUUGAGGGCGGACCCACCAAAUCGAUCCGCGGGCGCUGUCUUAAUUAAGUGAGUUGAAAUCUUUCAUGAAAGAUUUCAGUCGCGAGCUGUCAAAGUUAUGGCAGCGCCCCGGAUCGUCGUAGUUUUAGGGCAACUUAUGUACAGAAAAAGCAGUGGUUUUAACGGCAAUACAACGAAACUCCUUAGAAGAUUGCAUAUUUUUAAAGAAGAGAAUGUAAAUAGCAAGUUUGAAGCAAAAAGAGAGUGCCUCAUGACAAACAGUUUUAGUUUUUAAGGCGCGAAUGGGAGCCAGUUCGACGAGCAUCGCAAGUAAACACAUGUGCCAGUAGUCUUAUUGUGUGAGUGUAAAAAGGUAGAGUUUUUGUUUAGGUUAGAGGACACCGAGGGACAGUUUUGAGACAGGACGCAAUGGCCAGUAGUUGUGUGCGAAUCGGUUUCCACGUGUAUGUGAAUUCUGACAAACCAAAUUUUAUAGUAAAAUAAAGAGGGAAACAAAGUUGUACAAUACAAAAUGACAAUGCAGAGCAGUAUACUUAAAUAUUAUUCUUUAGAAGUGUAAUCGCUUGUUGUAAGUCCAAAUAUUUAUUUUCUUCCUCCAACGAGAACCGCUCUCCAUCAAACUCCAGCUCGACUUCUCUCUCGAGAUAUCUCCUCCGCUGACAUCUGGUUCCUGGUCUGCUGGAUCGUUCUGUGCGUGGGGGUUCCUCUUCACGUGUUUGCCCGGUGCAGUCAUUUAUGUCAUCUUAACGUCAUCUUGACGGUCAGACCCCGAAGACUUGCUCUGACUUGAGCUACCGGACUUUGCGCGCACUCAAUAAUAGUCCUGCCCGUGAUUAAGUGCAUACAAAUUAAAGUCAGUUCCCAUCCAAUAUCAUCAUCAUUUUUCUCUCUCCACCGUCGUGGUACCUCUCACCUUAAGGUGCGAACCUACCUUCUCACCGGUGAGAAAGGCAUAAAAAUCUUGAUAUAUAUAACGAGCGUAAAUCCAGAAAUCGCUCGCGGGCAUCAAUUUCAAUAAAUCUGCAUAGUCGCCGCGCACUGGCAACACUGACUGCUCGGUGAAAGACCCAAGCGCCCCCGGGAGCGUCUUUUUUCUCAUCGUAAACCUACUCGUUUUCCUUCCCUCUCUCCGCCCAGACGAUCCAGUUCAUCUCAUAAGCUCCUCUCCCCCCGCUCGCACCCUCUCCGGACUGAUGAGAGAGAGAGCCUAACCUCGAAAUAAAAAUAAAUCCGUUUACACAAAUCGCACGUUGAUCAAAUGACCACUCCGUGGUCUCUUCUCAGCGCGCUAAUCUGUAGCACCGGCACCAGAAACCAGAGAGAGAGUCCGAGCUAUUUUAAUAGUCCAAUUUCUCAUCAUGUGAUGAAAAUAAAAUUAAGGUUGUAAACACAAACAGAGAGAGAGAGAGAGAGAAAAAAGUGACCAACCCUAUUAGGAGGGUGAGAGAAGUAAGCCGAGAGUGAGAGAGAAGAGUAAAGGGAGUUGGAAAAAACGUUGUUAAAUUAAGGUUAGUUAGUCCAAUGUGUAGUUUAAUUUCGUUUUUAAGUGGAACCCAUAAAACACACAGCAAAACAAACACACAGGAGGGGAAACAAGGGGGUAAAAAAUGUGGUUUACUAUUUAUCCAAGACCAAUUUUUACACACGCCGGGGAGAGAGAAAAAAUCACACGUUAACGUGAGAAACACACUACAGUAAGAAACAAGUUGAAACAAACACACACACAAAAAACAAGUGAUCUAUUGGUGUAUGCGCGAAAGUUAAGCAACUGCGAACGGUUGUGUAAUGUUAUCGGGCAUAACUGGACAAUACUUUUUUUAAAUCAUUAACUUAGUUAUUUUAACGAUGCAAAGGUUUUAAGUAAAGCAAUUGUUGAUUAUUGUAAAAAGUGACUAGCGAGUAAGAAAACAAACACAAAAUUUAUAAACCUAUUUACCAUAUCAAACAGCGUAAACACAUAAGAUGAAAAUAAACAUCCUUAGCAAAAGGAACUUAUUUAAUUCGAAAAAAAAA